AUGGACGGAUCCGGCGGUGCCCCGAAGCCGAGCAGCAGCGUCAAGCUGGUCCUGCUCGGUGAAGCUGCUGUUGGAAAGUCAUCCCUCGUCUUGCGCUUCGUCAACAACGACUUUCAAGAGAACAAGGAGCCCACCAUCGGAGCCGCCUUCCUGACACAAAAGUGCAACCUGCCGACCCGGACGAUCAAGUUCGAGAUCUGGGAUACCGCCGGCCAGGAGCGCUUCGCUUCGCUGGCGCCCAUGUACUACCGCAACGCCCAAGCCGCCCUCGUCGUCUACGACCUCACGAAGCCCACCUCACUCAUCAAGGCCAAGCACUGGGUCGCCGAGCUGCAGAGACAAGCGUCGCCAGGCAUCGUUAUCGCCCUCGUCGGCAACAAGCUCGAUCUCACCAACGGCGCAGGAGAGAGCGCCGGGUCUGCCGGUGGCGACGCCGGCGAUGAUGCCGACGGGGAGGACGGCUCCGGCGACGCCCGCAAGGUGUCCACCGAGGAGGCCAAGACGUACGCCGAGGAGGAGAGCCUGCUCUUCUUCGAGACGAGUGCCAAGACGGGCCACAACGUCACCGAGGUCUUUACGGCGAUCGCCAAUGCCAUCCCCGAGACGUCGCUGAAGAGCGCGAGAGGAGCCGGCGCGUCGCAUGCCGUGAGCCGGGGCGGAGAGGAGCAACGGGUCAACCUCACCGGACCGAGAGAUGCGGCGGCGAAGGAGGGAUGUGCUUGCUGA